ACUACCUUUUCUCUUCAGGUGGCUGUAGUUUAAAUUCUAAGGCCUCCUCAAGAAAUGACAUUUUCACAUUUCUUAGGCAUCUGUGGUGUCAGAGGAACAAACCCAUCACCGGCCUGGCGCAGAAGCGCACACGCCAGGUCUGCCACCGGGCCCCGAGCUGUGGGGAUUUUGGAUGUAACGUGUCUAGGCCGAACCUGCGCCGUGAAAGGCCGACCCUGCCGAAAGCCCGGGCGGCGGGCGCCCACAAGUCAGGGCUCGGUGCGGCGCGGCAGCCAGCUCUGCGGGCGAGCCGAGUCCGGGCUGCUGAGGGGGAGCAGCGCCGGGGGCGGCGGCGUCGGGGCGGGGGCGGGAGCCGGGCGGGAGCCGGGCGGCAGCUCCAGCGCCCGUGGGGGAGGAGCGGCAGCGGCGGCGGCUGGAGCUGCUGUGGCGACCGACGCGAGGCGGUGGCAGAGGAGACCCACCCCUGUCCACAUGGACAGUCGCAAAGGCCUCCGCUGAUGCAUUCACGCCUGGGCGGGGUGGGCGGACGGCCGUAGCGGCGGCGGCUGCAGAACGAGUUGGGGGCCUGGAAGCGCCUGACGGUCGCGGAGACCUCGCCGCUCCGGCGCGGCGGUGCGGCCAUUUUACGGCCUGGGACGAAGGGAGGCGUGUUUGUGUGCUCGCUUUCAUCCUCCUUUCUUGGGAACCCACGGCCGGGGGAAGUUUCUCAGGCAGCCUAGGUGGGCGGUGGAUGGGGAGUCGUGGGCCGAGAGGAACCGGGCCCGGGAAGCGCCGUCGUCGUCGUCGCCGCUCGCGUUCCCCCCGAGGGGCCUGAGAAGCUCGGGCCGCGGGCCUCGCUGCCCGCCAGCCCGCGGACAGGCCCGGGCGCGCCUGGCCUGCUUUUGUGUAGGCCCAUCUGAACGUGGGAGCGCCGCCCGCCUGACGGCUGAGCCCGAGGCCCGCAACCCUGCGGCGUCUACCCUCCUCCGGCGCGGCCCCUCAUCCCGGCGAGCACGGCGGCGGUGUGGGCCAUGGAUUAAGAAGGAGGCGGCGUGGGAGGAGGAAGAUGGCGGCCGGCAAGAGCGGCAGCAGCGCCGGGGAGAUUACUUUUCUGGAAGCUUUGGCUAGAUCAGAGUCUAAGAGAGAUGGAGGUUUUAAAAAUAAUUGGAGCUUUGAUCAUGAAGAAGAAAGUGAAGGAGAUACAGAUAAAGAUGGGACAAAUCUGCUCAGUGUGGAUGAAGAUGAGGAUUCUGAAACCUCAAAAGGAAAAAAGUUAAAUCGUCGAUCUGAAAUUGUUGCUAAUAGUUCUGGUGAAUUCAUCUUGAAGACAUAUGUAAGACGAAACAAGUCUGAAAGUUUUAAAACUUUGAAAGGCAACCCAAUUGGACUUAACAUGUUGAGCAACAAUAAGAAAUUGAGUGAAAAUACGCAAAAUACGUCAUUAUGUUCUGGAACUGUAGUUCAUGGUAGACGUUUUCAUCAUGCUCAUGCACAGAUACCAGUAGUAAAAACAGCAGCCCAAAGGAAAGAAUACCCACCUCAUGUCCAAAAAGUUGAAAUUAAUCCUGUAAGGUUAAGUCGGCUCCAAGGUGUUGAACGUAUAAUGAAGAAAACAGAAGAGUCCGAAUCACAAGUGGAGCCUGAAAUUAAGAGGAAAGUACAACAGAAACGGCACUGUAGUACCUAUCAGCCUACUUCUCCUCUAUCUCCUGCUUCAAAAAAAUGUUUAACCCAUUUGGAGGAUUUGCAAAGAAAUUGCAGACAAGCUAUUACUUUGAAUGAGUCUGCUGGACCAUUAUUAAGAACGUCAAUUCAUCAGAAUUCUGGAGGACAGAAGUCACAAAACACAGGAUUAACAACCAAGAAGUUUUAUGGCAACAGUAUGGAAAAGAUUCCAAUUGAUAUUAUUGUGAAUUGUGAUGAGAGUAAACACACUUAUUUACAGACUAAUGGAAAAGUCAUUUUACCUGGGGCAAAAAUACCCAAAAUCACAAACUUGAAAGAAAGGAAAACAAGUUUGUCAGACCUAAAUGAUCCAAUCAUUUUGUCCAGUGAUGAUGAUGAUGACAACGACAGAACUAACAGAAGAGAGAGCAUAUCUCCUCAGCCUGCUGAUUCAGCUUGUUCUUCCCCUGCACCAUCCACUGGAAAAGUAGAAGCAGCACUAAAUGAAAAUACUUGCAGAGUAGAGCGUGAACUACGAAGCAUUCCGGAAGACUCAGAGUUAAGUACAGUUACAUUGCCAAGAAAGGCAAGAAUGAAAGACCAGUUUGGCAAUUCUAUUAUCAACACACCUCUAAAACGUCGUAAAGUGUCUUCUCCAGAAACUCCAGAUCCUUUAGCUUUAAGCUGCCAAAGUUCCUUUGACAGUGUCAUUUUAAACUGUCGAAGUAUACGAGUAGGAACACUCUUCCGGCUGUUAAUAGAGCCUGUAAUUUUUUGUUUAGAUUUUAUCAAGAUACAGCUAGACGAACGAGACCGUGAUCCUGUAGAGAUUAUUUUAAAUACCUCUGAUCUAACUAAAUGUGAAUGGUGUAAUGUCCGAAAAUUACCCGUAGUGUUUCUUCAGGCAAUUCCAGCAGUUUAUCAAAAGCUGAGCAUGCAACUGCAAAUGAAUAAGGAGGAUAAAGUUUGGAAUGAUUGUAAAGGAAUAAAUAAAUUAACAAAUUUGGAAGAACAAUAUAUAAUUUUAAUUUUUCAAAAUGGCCUUGAUCCUCAGGCAAAUAUGGUAUUUGAAAGUAUCAUUAAUGAAAUUGGUAUAAAGAAUAACAUUUCCAGUUUUUUUGCGAAAAUUCCCUUUGAAGAAGCUAAUGGCAGACUUGUUGCCUGUACACGAACCUAUGAAGAGAACAUCAAAGGAAGUUGUGGGCAAAAGGAAAACAAAAUUAAAACUGUAUCAUUUGAAUCUAAAAUACAGCUUAGAAGCAAACAAGAAUUUCAGUUUUUUGAUGAAGAAGAAGAAACUGGAGAAAACCACACCAUCUUCAUUGGCCCAGUAGAAAAGUUGAUAGUAUAUCCACCACCUCCAGCUAAGGGAGGCAUCUCCGUUACUAAUGAGGACCUACACUGUCUAAAUGAAGGAGAAUUUUUAAAUGAUGUUAUUAUAGACUUUUAUUUGAAAUAUUUGGUGCUUGAAAAACUGAAGAAGGAAGACGCUGACCGAAUUCAUAUAUUCAGUUCUUUUUUCUAUAAACGCCUUAAUCAGAGAGAGAGGAGAAAUCAUGAAACAACUAAUCUGUCAAUACAGCAAAAGCGACAUGGGAGAGUAAAAACAUGGACCCGGCAUGUAGAUAUUUUUGAGAAGGAUUUUAUUUUUGUACCCCUUAAUGAAGCUGCACACUGGUUUUUGGCUGUUGUUUGUUUCCCCGGUUUGGAAAAACCAAAGUAUGAACCUAAUCCUCAUUACCAUGAAAAUGCUGUCAUACAGAAAUGUUCAACUGUAGAGGACAGUUGUAUUUCUUCUUCAGCCAGUGAAAUGGACAGUUGUUCACAAAACUCUUCUGCCAAGCCUGUAAUUAAGAAGAUGCUAAACAAAAAACAUUGCAUAGCUGUAACUGAUUCCAAUCCUGGGCAGGAAGAAAGUGACCCUCGUUACAAGAGAAACAUAUGCAGUGUAAAAUAUAGUGUGAAAAAAAUAAAUCAUACUGCGAGUGAAAAUGAAGAAUUGAAUAAAGGAGAAUCUACAUCCCAGAAAGUUGCUGAUAGGACUAAAAGUGAGAAUGGUCUACAGAAUGAAGGUUUCAGUUCCACGCAUCAUACAGAUGGCUUAAGCAAUAUCAGACUAAACUAUAGCGAUGAAUCACCUGAAGGUGGUAAAAUGCUUGAAGAUGAACUCAUUGACUUCUCAGAAGAUCAGGAUAACCAGGAUGAUAGCAGUGAUGAUGGAUUCCUUGCUGAUGACAGCUGCAAUUCAGAAAUAGGACAGUGGCAUUUAAAGCCUACUAUCUGUAAACAACCUUGUAUCUUACUUAUGGACUCACUCCGAGGCCCUUCUCGGUCAAAUGUUGUCAAAAUUUUAAGAGAGUAUUUAGAAGUGGAAUGGGAAGUUAAAAAAGGAAGCAAAAGAAGUUUUUCCAAAGAUGUUAUGAAGGGCUCUAAUCCAAAAGUACCACAGCAAAACAACUUCAGUGACUGUGGUGUAUAUGUAUUGCAGUAUGUAGAGAGCUUUUUUGAGAAUCCAAUUCUCAAUUUUGAACUACCUAUGAAUUUGGCAAACUGGUUUCCUCCACCAAGAAUGAGAACAAAAAGAGAAGAAAUCCGAAACAUAAUUCUGAAGCUACAGGAAGAUCAGAGCAAAGAGAAAAGAAAGCAUAAGGACACUUACUCAACAGAAGCACCUUUAGGCGAAGGAAUAGAACAAUAUGUCAAUAGUAUCUCAGAUUGACCAUUUCUGUUACUUGUCAGUUCUACCUUCAAAAACUAAAAAUGACUUUCAAAUUUGGGUGUAGACAGUAAAGAACUGAAGUGCUCACUACUCAGUGAUUUGGAAAUUUUGAUGCUUGUAUAAAUGUCACAUAAUUAAUUUCCAAAGGCGUAUGUAUUAAGUAAAAGUCUGUAAAUAUGUUAAUGAGGCCAAUUUUUCCAACAUUUAUAAUUAUUUUUUUCACUUGUUAGGAAGCUUUUGUUAUGUAUUUUCUGUUAAUAGUACCUAAAAUUGCAACUUCUAAACACAAAUAAAAAGAAAAUAUUUAUAGGAGGAAAUGAUUAAUUUGAUAUUCUUUAGUGAACUUCUUUAAUUCCUCAGUGGGUGUGACAUAUUUCAUGGGAAUAUUCAGAUAUCUAUGGUAAUAUUUUGACCCUUUAUAUUUGUUCUAAAAUAAGUCAAAAUGUGAAAAUAAUAUUAAAUCUAAGAUAUUUUGAACUAAGCAUCUUUAUAUGCUUGUAUAACAGGAACAAAGUAACAGCUGUUCAAUUCAGACACUGCCUUGUGUUCAGUGAACCCAAGAAAUGUAAUAAAUAUUUGUAAUUUUACACAAAUAUUUAAGAGGAAAGAGUAUUAAGAGCAAUUCAAAAAAAGUAACCUUCUACUACAAAAUAACUAUUCUUGCAUAUAUUAUCAUCAAAUGCAUUUUUGAAGACAUCAAAGACUCAGGUUAAAACUAUUUUGGUAAGUGCAGCUUGAAUUUCAAAUAUCCCGUGUUUAUAUUACAGCUUGAAGUAUGCUACAAUCUGUGUCAUACAGUUAAUUGAUAAGCAUUUUUAAUCUGUGUAAACACAGGAAUUUAAAUAGGAAUUUACUAUUUUUUGGUAAACUUUUGCUAUUUUUUCAUUGCUCAUUUUGUUAUUAUUUUGAUAAAGUAUCAGACUUUUUGCUUGAGUUUUUCAGUGUAAAUUUUUUUUUACAUGUAAAAUUACUGUAUUCAAUUGCAUAAUACAGGAAAAAUCUUUGAAUUCCCCUUUAAAAGUACUAAAAUUUGAUGGUUUCCAUGACAGAUUUAUAGCACAUAUAGGGAUCUUACAUAUAUCUGCAGAAACUUCCUUAUUUUUCAAAUGAAAUGAUAUAUACUUCUUUCAAAUGAACUUUGAAACUUGAAACAUAGUCAUUUUUUGUUAAAUAUUGAGUUUUUAAAUACACAUAUCAAAAAUAGUUGAGAAUAAAAAGAAGGCCUAAUCAUCAGCAAUUACUUUAUUUUUAAUUUGGCCAUCUCUGACAUUGCAAUCAAUAUCUUAGGGUAUUUUCUUAAAUUUAAUAAAGUCCCAUGGGUGUCUUCAGGGUGAAUGGGAAUGUUAACAACCAAAAAAUAUCUAUUGAGACACAAUAGAGUCUCAAUAAGAGAAAUAUUAAAAUGAAAGAAAGGUCACCAUUAGUGAUUAUCAAUUGUAGUUUGUUACUUUGAACUAUAUUUCUGAUUAUCUCUUUAUAGUAGUAACUUAGAGCUAUUAGCUCAGAUAUCUUAAUUAGCUCAGAUAGGAAAAACAAGUUUAAUUUUGUUAUUUUCUGAACAUGGCAAAAUGCUUUUCAAUUUCUAAUAAAACUGGGAUAAAAAAUUGAAGUUUUUUAAAAAAACGUAAUAGCAAUAAGCAAAAUUGGCACACAUAAUUUUUUUAAUGCACUAUAUUUUGUCAGAAUCUGAAGGUACUGAAAAACUAUUCUAAAAUGCCUACUUUCGUGUUAAUUUGUAAUGGUUACAUUUUGCACCCUUAGAUAAUGUUUGAUAAGAUAAAAAUAUAAUUUAUCCCUUGUACCAACUCAAGUCAAUCACAUUUUAACAUGAAAAAUACAGAUUAAUGUAUGUCAGCUUUCUAGAGGUAGAAUACUCAGCUAUUUGAUGGUAUUUUUCCCACCCCAUGUGAAAUUUUAUUUUUGGAAGUUAUGCUAGUGACAUUGCAAUAUAUUGAAAUCUUUGGAGGCUGCCAGAUUGAGCUUCAAAAUUAGACUUGAGAAUCUUUGGUGUAUAUGCACAUUCACUUGAUAAUUGUGUACUCUAUUUAAAGUGGGAUCAGCCUUUUAAAAUGUGUUAUGUUAUGAGUACUUAGAAGUUGUGAAACAACUUAUAGAGGUUUGUUACUUGACACUGAAACUGCAUGACGAGUAUCUGGUGUCUUAACUAAUUAGAUAGAUCUGUUGUAUUGGUUUUCUUGUUGGAUAGAAUAACAGUUAAUCAUUUUUAGAAGAGUUUUAGAUUACUUGCCAUAAAAUUUGUAUGUGUCUCAGCUCUUGUUAGUUUAGGAGCAGAGGUGGUGUUUAGUCUCUUCCCUUUAAUGUUGCUGUACUACUUUCAGACAGCUGAAAACUUAAUGGUGUUAUUUCAAGUUCACAUAACCCUAAAACAGCUUUUCUUUGUGUAGUAACUUGUGCUUAAACUUUUAGUCAAUUAAAUGUAGGAGGUUUUAUUUGAAAGCAUAAAUGAUUCUCUAAAUUACAUCUUGUUUUAAGCUACCAAAAUGAAUUCAAUAAUUUUUAUUUAAAAAAAAAAAGAUCUCUGAAAACUGUAAGACAAUGUAAAAAGAAUAAGUUUUAAUUCCCCCAAAAUCAAUAAUUGUACUUAAAAUCUCAGACAAUUCACUGAACAGGAAUAAUAAAGAACAUAUUUUAAUAUA